AUGAGAUUUUGUUUUUUGGUUUUAUUUGCUGGAGUUAUUGAUGGAUGUGUUAGGACCGAAACUGGUGGAGCUACAUGUAAGUUUGAAUUUUAAGGGGAUUUCUGAUGAGAAAAAAUUUACCAUCACUCGAGUUCUAACAGAUCUCUCCAACUGUAACAAAAAAAUUUGCAGCCACUUGUUGUUCUGUAAAUAUUGCUGAUAGCACAUCAACAGGAAGAUUUCUGUUCAACCCAGCAUUAACAAAUUGCCCAACUGCAGCAACAUUUAUUUGUAGUGUUAGUGAAGAUGGAUCAACUAGCACAACAAAAAUUAUAAUUAAUGGAGCAACUCAAGUUGCAACUGGUUCUUCUGGUAUGAAUUCACAGACACAAUUGACUUGUGAUUUGACAACACAACAAUGGAAAUAUGAUUCGUCAACAAUUGUUAGCUCAAUACGUUGCGAGAUCUGA